AGAAACAAAGGGAAUAUUAUUUUCGUGGCCAAACGGGGCUUUAAUGUUCCAUAUGAAAAGAUAUAGGACCAUAUUAAGCUAAAAAACAAAAAUAGUGGACCAUUUUGUCUAUUUCUCCCUUCUUUUUCUUCAUUCUAAGAAUUCAUCAAUCUGAAAAUAUUGAGCUGAAAAAUGAGGCGAAGACCGGGAAUCGGAGGUUUGCAGAACGCCGCAGCUGCUAGGGAUCAAUAUAGAUUGUUGGGGGAAAAUGUAGCAAAAUUGAGAACGGAUCUUAUGAAAGAGCAGCUAGCUACUUUUCGAUCUCAGCUUGAAGACUUUGCUCGCAAACAUAAGAAUGACAUCCGCAAGAAUCCUGCUUUCAGAGCACAAUUCCACGAGAUGUGUGCUAAAGUCGGAGUGGAUCCUCUAGCAUCAAACAAGGGUUUCUGGGCAGAACUGUUGGGGAUUGGUGACUUCUAUUAUGAACUUGGGGUACAGAUUAUUGAGGCAUGCCUGGCCACUAGACCCCACAAUGGAGGUUUGAUAAGCUUGGAUGAUCUUUGUAAACUGCUUGGUCAGAGGCGGAAAGCUGUUCGCGAGACUAUAUCUGAAGAUGACUGCUUGCGUGCUAUAAGCAAGCUGAAGGUAUUAGGCAGUGGUUUUGAGGUGAUUACUGUGGGAAAGAAAAAGCUUGUUAGAUCUGUCCCUACCGAACUGAAUAAGGAUCACAAUGAAAUCUUAGAGCUGGCCCAGGCUCAAGGCUUUGUAACGGUUGAUGAGGUACAAAGACGCCUAAACUGGUCGUCAGGUCGUGCAACUGAUGCGCUUGAAACACUGUUAGAAGAGGGCCUUGCCAUGAUCGAUGAUGGACAUAGAGAUGGCAAGCGUCGAUACUGGUUCCCUUGUGUGUCCUCUGUCUCCACCUAUGUCGGUGCAGACAGGCUUUAGCGUUUUCCUUGUUCAGUUAUGAGAAUAUUUGGCUUUGCACCACGAACGUGGAGGAUUGAUUUCAAAUCGAGAUGCCACUUUAUCCGUUCUCUGUGGUCCGACAAGCUUUUGAUUUGCAGUUAUUGCAUAUGUUAAAGCAUGUCACCCUAUGAUCAUAUGUAUGAACCUUUUUUCAUAUUGUUAUUAUAGAAGUUGUGAAGGGUUGAGAGUACUGAAGAAA